CAAUUGCCAGAUAAUAACGAUAAAGCGUUUGAUUAUAAUAAAACCGACAAUCUCUACUUCGAAGUUGGUGUCGCUUGUAAACUUAAGAAUAUACAGUAUGUUAUUCGCAACUGCUUAGUUGGUAUCUAUGUUUUUGUUUUGUGA